GCGGACAAUUACGAUCGACAUGUUCAACGGAAGCGCUCGUUGGGAGGCGAGGAUCCUACCGGCAGGGCCACCCCGAUUGCUGGGAUGGAACGUCCCUGCCGAGGAAUUGGUCCACAUACCGGAACAUUGGUUGGUCUAUCCCGAGCCCAAUCCCUCUCUUCACUAUCUGCUGGCCAUCGUGUACAUUCUCUUCACCUUCGUCGCGCUGCUCGGCAACGGACUGGUCAUUUGGAUAUUCUGCUCAGCCAAGUCGCUGAGGACACCUUCGAAUAUGUUCGUGGUAAACUUGGCGUUCUGCGAUUUCUUCAUGAUGCUGAAGACGCCCAUCUUCAUAUACAAUUCCUUUAACACCGGAUUCGCGACGGGUCACUUGGGUUGUCAGAUCUUCGCCUUCAUCGGGUCGCUCAGUGGAAUCGGAGCCGGCAUGACGAACGGUGCCAUCGCUUACGACAGAUACAGCACCAUAGCCCGGCCACUGGACGGGAAGCUAUCGCGCGGUCAAGUGCUCCUCUUAAUCGUGCUGAUCUGGACGUACACAAUUCCCUGGGCGUUGAUGCCGCUGAUGCAUGUCUGGGGUCGUUUUGUGCCCGAGGGUUUCCUCACGAGCUGCAGCUUCGACUAUCUGACGGACACACCGGAGACACGAUACUUCGUGGCCACGAUCUUCACCUUCUCCUACUGCAUACCGAUGACGCUCAUCAUAUACUAUUACAGUCAGAUCGUCAGUCACGUGGUCAAUCACGAGAAGGCUCUCCGUGAGCAGGCGAAGAAGAUGAACGUCGAGAGUCUUCGCAGCAACGUAAACGCGAACGCUCAGACCGCGGAGAUACGUAUAGCCAAGGCUGCGAUCACGAUCUGCUUCCUCUUCGUUCUCUCAUGGACUCCGUAUGGCGUUCUCGCAAUGGUCGGUGCUUUCGGGGACAAGACUCUUUUGACUCCCGGUAUUACGAUGAUACCGGCGUGCGCGUGUAAGUUCGUGGCCUGCUUGGACCCGUACAUUUAUGCCAUAAGCCAUCCAAGAUACAGACUGGAACUACAGAAACGGUUACCGUGGUUGGAGCUGCAGGAGAAGCCACCCGCGGACGCGCAGAGCACCACGACUGAGAUGGUGAACCCAUCGUCGACUUAAACUUUAUUCGACCUUGUAAUCGAGAUUGCAAUUAUAAUAGAGAUGCCACGAGACGACGAAGUUCGUGAUGAUGUUUGCGAUAGUCGUUGCAAUCAAUCAGCUUGCUCGAUUUUCUCCGGAAGGACGACGUUCGCUACUACGAGAAAUGCGACACUUUUUGUUGUAAUCGGAAAACAGCGUGCCGGUCAUGUAUAACGAAGCAACACAAUAAAUCAGAUUCCUGGCAGACAUAUUGCGCGGAUAUGAUAUUUCGCGCUCAAUGUAUCGUUCAGCUGAACGUGAGGAACGCCAAGUCGGUCAGAAUCGCGAGGGAUGAUCGGGCAAUUGGGACGCAGCCGUGUAAGGAACAAUAACUAGCGAGUUUAUUUUCGUUUUUCUCUUUUACACGCUACCAGCCCUUAAAACUACGGGGGGAUAGGCCAAUAGAAGACCAACAAAAAUAAGAUUCGCGCCGAUCGAUCGACGUGAAGUCAGACUAGCCUAGCGCCUAGAGCAUACCGAUGUUUUUCUUCCUUUUUUCUUUUAUCACGAUAACGAUCCAUCCAUUGUGUCUGCUGUACUAUACGGCCAGCGCGGGAAGUCGAAGUAAAAAAUAAAUAUCUGUAAGAUCUGUGUAGUCCCGAAAGGACUUCUCAGGCGGAGUUCUUCGAACGGCCAGACUCACCCGUCUUCCUCGAAAGCGAACGUCAAUUGAAGUUUCUCGAGUAAGCGUGACAACUCGCGAGCGUCCUUAACUUAAUUAACACGAAGACAACGUUCCUCUCUCUCUCUCUCUCUCUGUCUUUCUUUCUCCCACUCUUCUCUAUUUCUCUCUCAAGCGUCCGCGAACGAUUUUCCCUUCGUAACGCGUACGACGUUUACGUCCUUUGUACUAUGUCGCUGCUAAACAGUACCGCUCUGUCGUUCUAAUUGCACAGUUACACGAUAUAAUAAACGAUAGAUCAUUCUCUCUUACACAGUCUAGGAACUUCCUACAUUCGUUACUACGUUAGCUCGCAGAAGACAUCGAUUUCGUUUACUUGGAAACCCUAAGCGGCAUAAGG